AUAACAGAUAAUGUACUCCCCCGUGACCUCUGCCCUCCGUAGACAUCAUGGCUGCCCUGUUGGUGUUUGUUGGGGACCUCGUCACCAGAAAACGUCAGUUUCCCAACGUCAACGCGGUCGGAAACCCGUUCUCUGAGCAGCAGCUCGAGCGUUUCUGCUUCCAGCACGUUCCCGUGAUCGGUGCCCUGAGCUACAGCGCUUUCUCCACCAACAUCCUGGCAUACAAGGCUUUCGAUGAAUUGUUCAGCAGUCGACACCUUGUCGUUGCCAACUGUCUGUUGUUAAACUCCCAUCUAGGCGUUGGGCUGUACCUGUUUAACACUCCUACUAUCAGGGCAGCGAACGCACGCUGGCGAGUGGCAUGGAGUGUGUAUGGCAGCGCUAUGUUCAACUUUGGCUCCAUCUUGCUGUGGGCAACAGUCAAGGAGAUCAUCCCAGAGAAUGCGGUCCUUAGGGUUGGCUUCGGUGUCCUGUCCAGUGUCUGCUUCCUCCUGGUAGGGAAGAAGUACUUGGACCACGUGGACAGAAAACUUGCCAAGUCAAAACCAAAGGCAGCAGAACAAAAAUGAAAGUAAUCUAGGAAAAGCUUUACUAGUAUAUUAUUGUACAUAUACAUGGUGAGCACACUUUCAUCACAGUGCCCGGUGCACAUCUUAUUCUGUUAAAAAAAGGAAAUCAGGAUGUGUUCUUGUAACACAAACUCCACUUUCCAUCAUGUGAUAACAGUCCUUCAAAAGAGCAGUAAUGCAAUGUACAGAAAUCAAUCAACACAGCAAUAAUGACAAGACAGUAUGUAAUGUAAUAAAAAAAGACAUCAAAUCAACCAGUGCAAAAUUUUUUAUACUUCCCAGCAAAGCAUCAUGUUCACCAUUUGUCUAAAGUAUAUGCAUAAUAUUAUAUAGAGUGCAAUAAGAGGACUUUCUGUGAUAAGUGAACUUUUUCAAUCAUGGCCCAUUAGAUAGUUUUGGACAUUGAUUAUGGCAUUGCUUUUAAAUAACAAGUAAAUCAUUUGAGA